AUGCCUUUGCAGAAUGCUUCAAUCAAAGUAACAGAAUUUAUUAUAGGUGGUUUUGACGCAACCAAGAGACCUAUGGUAGUUGGUGUUGUUAUAUUGAUUAUCUAUGUUCUAGCUAUUCUAGCCAAUGUGUUAAACAUCCUCUUCAUUGUUUAUGACAAGAGAUUACAUAAACCAAUGUAUCUUCUGAUUUGCAACCUUGCUGUUGUUGAUAUAAUAUACUCAACCAGUUGCAGUCCAACCAUGAUUGGAGUUCUAGUUGCCGGGGCUAAUACUAUAGCUUAUGUGCCGUGUCUUAUUCAGAUGUUUGUUUACCAUGUCGCAGUAGUGAUGGAGAUGUUUGCUUUAGCUGUUAUGGCAUUUGAUCGAUUGCUUGCUAUUAGUUUUCCCUUUCAGUACCACAGCUAUGUAACAAAUGUGCGCACUGCUGUCCUCACAUAUAUCCUGUGGGUUGCUUCCUGUGGUCUUGUGAGUAUCAUGCCUGAAACUCUGCUUCCUCUCCCUCACUGCCACUUGAAGCUGAAGUACAGUUUCUGUGACUAUCCAGCCUUGAUACGAACUACUUGUGUUGACCCCACUUACUAUUUCAAUCUGGUUACCAUCAUAGCAUUUUUUCUUUCAUUUUUCACUUUCACAUUUAUUUGCCUGUCAUACCUUUGGAUUAUAGUUUUUGUGAAAUUGUCCUCAAAUAAUGACAAGAAAAAAAUGUUUAGCACUUGUUCGAGUCACUUGAUUGUGGUAAUAUAUUAUUACUCUCAAUUAUUUAUCUCUGUGAUGUUGACCAGGUUAGGCGUGGUAUUAUCUCUUGAGGCUCGCCAUGGUUUAAUGUUAGCAGCCAUCCUUGGCUCACCUCUUAUUAAUCCUUUGGUGUACUGUUUAAGAACAAAUGAAAUCAAAUCUAAGAUUCUUAAGAUAUUCCAAAAUAGUUGA